AUGACGAAACUACCAAGCACUCAAAAGGCCAUAAAGUUGAAUGAUGAUUACAAAUUAGUGGUGAGAAAUGACUCGCCAGUCUCAACAAAUUUGGAAGAUGAUGAAAUACUUGUUAAAGUGAAAGCUGUUGCCUUGAACCACACUGAUUAUUAUUUUGCAGAUUUUAAAUGGGCAAGUCCCGGUGAGGGCUCAGGCACAUGUCUAGCUGGUGAUGUUUUGGCAGUUGGUGAUAAAGUUACCAGGUUUUCUAUAGGUGAUACAAUUACAAGUUUUACGUUUGGUUCUGACUCUCAAUUUAAAGAUCAUGGUGCAUAUCAACAAUAUGUCAAAGUUUUGGAGAUCAAUUCUUUCCAGUUCAACGUAAAGGGCUAUUCUGAUUCUGGUUCCAUUGAAAGAGGAACAAUAAAAACAUAUGAAGAUGGUGCUUCUGUUGCUAAUGCAUUGAUAACCAUAGGUAUUUCAGUAUAUCAAACAUUUGAAGCAUAUAAAAAUGAUCCAAGUAAGACCAUUUUGAUUUAUGGAGGUUCAACAAACGUUGGACAAUUGGCAAUUCAAUAUGCAAAGACCUUAGGCUGGAAAAUCAUUGCAAUUGCCUCCCCAAAAUAUAAUGAACUAUUGAAGAAACUUGGAGCUGAAAUUGUUCUUGAUUACCACUCAGAAACCUUGGUUGAUGACAUCAAAAAUUUGAAAAUAUCGAUUGAUUAUGGAUAUAUCACUACUGGGGGAACAAAAGCAGUUGAACAGAUAUACGAAGCAUUACCAGAUGACAAAGUGAUCAAAUUAGAAGGUUUGCAAGUUCCUGAUGUUUCAUUCAUAAAGGAAAAGAAACCAAAUAUUCAGUAUGAAUUGACUAGGGCAUUUACAUCACAUGGAAAAUCAAUUAAAUAUGGUGAUGGUCGUAUUUUCCAUCCAAAAGAGGGUACUUUGGAAAGAUUAAAAGAGUUUGUACCAAUUGUUGAGAAUUUAUCCAAGCAAGGGAAAUUGGAUCAUCUACCGAUUAGAGUUUUACCUGGGGGAUUUGAUGCUGUCAAUGAUGGAUUAAAAUUGUUGAAAGAAGGUAAAAUAUCGAAUGAGAGGUUAGUUAUCAGGGUGGACAGUAAUUGA